AUGCGAGCGACGUCGCGGCUUUUCGCGACUGUCAAAUCAGCCUCGAAAUAUCUUGAACCGAAUACGCCAACAGGCCUAACAGGGCUCACGACACAUCCAUCACCUCGCCCUGCCCUCAUCUACACCUACCGACAAACCCUCAAUAAACUUGCCCAACUGCCCAAAAGCUCCGUUUAUCGCCAAUCCACCGAGGCACUCACAAAACAGCGCCUGGAGAUCAUCGAAUCCGUGAAACCCGAGGGCUACGAACAAUGGCUGCAACGGGUGCGCAAGCAGAUCGAAGCCAGCCCCUCCGCUUACAAUAAACUGCUCAACGAAGAUGGCUCGUUGGGUAGUGAGAAACUGCAUGUGGAACCAGUGGACAAUUGGGACGGCAAGAUCACGAGGCAGGACGCGAAAUUUGAGGGACCAAACUCAUUGGCUCAGGCAGAGGCAAAAGCAAGGGCUGUCAGUGAUGAAGUGCGAGAGAAGGAACUGGAGGACAAGGAAGGGAUCCCGCCCACUGUAGAGGACCUGGAGGUGGAACCACCAUUGACAAAAGAGCAGUACGUUUUCGAAUUCGAGUCGGAUAUACCAUUGCUGAUCAACGCUAGGAUCGAAGGAAUCGAGCAGAAGAUCGGUGCGGGCUUGAUCGAAGAAGUUAUCCAAGUUGCCGAGGGCGAGCUAGACCUGGUGGGAGAAAUGCUACAAUAUCAAGUGUAA